AGUCAAUGCGCGGGAAAAGAUUUAUGUUGGUCGCUCUGCGUGUUGACAACAAGUGUCAAAGUUGUUUUUAAAAUGAAGAAUUUAAGUGAUAAAAACGUACUUAAUCUACGUAAAUUCCUCAAGAACAACAUUUUAAACAACAGUGAUUUCGUGGGUCAUGAAGAUGAGCGCCAACAAGUGUUUGAUUUGUUACACAGGACCAUCACUUCAGGAGAGUCAAAUUCGGCGUUACUCAUAGGCCCCCGUGCUUCCGGAAAAACAACAUUAGUUGACAAUGUCUUGCGGGACUUGCAACCGUAUUUUUCAUCAGACGCAAUACUGGUAAAAUUGCAUGGUCUAAUCCACACAGACGAUCGUAUAGCUUUGAAAAGCAUAACAGCGCAAAUGAAUCUAGAAAACGCCGUUGAUGGCAAGGUUUUUGGGAGUUUUGCUGAUAACUUAACGUUUCUGUUGGCGUGCUUAAAGUCAGGCGAGAGGGGCGUUUCAAAGAGCAUUAUUUUUAUCAUUGAAGAAUUCGAUUUGUUUUGUUCACAUCACAACCAGACCUUGCUGUAUAAUCUGUUUGAUGUGUCCCAGUCAGCACAAACACCAAUUUGCGUUUUAGGCAUUACUUGUAGAUUAGACGUGAUAGAAUUGUUGGAAAAACGUGUCAAGUCUAGGUUUUCCCACAGACAGAUUUUCCUGUUUUUAGGAAAUGAUAAUGAGAAUCAUUUAGAUCAAAGACUGGCACGGUUACAAAAAUAUUUUUUGGUUCCAAUUCAACAGUCAUUAAACAUUGUUCCAUCGUUUAAAAAACAGUGGAAUUCGAGUGUUCACACUUUACUUAAGGACAGGAAUUUUAAAUCUCUCAUGCAACGACUUAUAGAUUUAGACUUGAGUGAGCGAAGUUUGAAAAAUAUUUUGCUGCUUGUGGUGUCUGAACUUAACGAUGUUAACAAUAAAUUAGCGUACGAUACGUUUUUAAAACAAAUAGAAUUGUUCGAGAGAGAUGAGACAGUUCAAGUGUUGCAAGACUUAAGCGUGCUUGAACUGUGUUUAAUAAUAACAAUGAAACAUCAUUGUGAAAUCUACGACAAUCAGCCGAUGAAUUUUGAAAUGGUCUUUAACAGAUAUCUAAAGUUUGCAAACGCUAAUUCCAAUAUUCAAACCGUUGAAAGGCCUGUAAUAAUGAAAGCUUUUGAGCAAAUAGAAGUGAGUAAAAUAUCGUUAUUAUUUCUUCUAUCUACAUCCAAAAUCAUUUUUUAG